AUGGAGAAGAACAGUGAUUCAGAAGUUAUGGCGGAGAUGGAAUCAGCUGUUGUAUCCCCCCCCCCCAACACUCGUUCACGAACUUUGGCGUCCAGUGCCACGGAUGAGAUUUCUAAGGCCUCCCCUGGUUUAACUCCUAGCUCGAUGUGUCCUGUUAAGGCACAUAGCCCGUCCUCCUCAAAAAAAAAAUCUAAGAGGAGGAAGGCAAAGAGAUCCCAGAGAAUACGGUUCGGUUGGGACCCGAAUGAGCUGGAGACGAGUAUUAUUUCCUCUUCUGGCCAAAUGAUUCAUGCUCAGCUUAAGCUUUUGAAUAUACAAACAUCUUGUCUUAUCACAAUAGUAUAUAGAGAACAUACAUUUGUGAAUCGGCGGUCGCUUUGGGCUGACCUUAUUCGGCUCUCUUCGUGUGAGCUGCCUUGGAUUGUUGCUGGAGAUUUUAAUGCCAUUAGAGACCCGGAUGAUAGAGUGGGUAGCACAACUCCCUGGAUUCUGGCCUUUGAUGAAUUUGGGGACUGCCUUAACCAGGCGGGACUAGAGGAUCUUCGUUAUGUGGGCUGUAGAUACACAUGGACUUAUUCUUCAGGUGAUAAUCGGAAACUUCGCAAGAUUGAUCGAGUGCUCAUUAAUGACCUAUGGAACCAACUUUUCUCCUUCUCGGAAGCCACCUUCCUUGCGCCAGGUAUCUCUGAUCACUCCCCCAUGGUGAUAAAAAUUUUCCCGCCACUUAGCUCCAAUAAACCUUUCAAGUUUUUCAACUUCUGGGCUACACAUCCAAAAUUCUUGGACUUAGUAACUCAAGUCUGGGAUACUCAUAUAGUAGGCACUCCUAUGUAUAUGAUUUGCUGCAAACUUCGGGUGCUUAAAGCAAAGCUGAAACACUUGAAUAGAAGUUCAUUCUUUGCUAUUUCCACAAGGACUGAACAGGCCAGAUCAGACCUAUAUGCUAUUCAGGUAGCCUUGGAGCGUCAUCCCUUUGAUCAGAGCCUGCUUGAUAGAGAAGUGGAGUACAUACGAUCCUUCUCUGCACUGAGAUUACAAGAGGAAUCCUUCUUCAGUCAGAAAUCCAGGAUUCGAUGGCUCAAAGAGGGGGACAUGAAUACUAAAUUCUUUCAUCAUUUUGUUAACAAAAGGCGGUUACAAAAUCGAAUCCUUUCGGUGUCUGCUGAUGACGGUGUUCUACUAACUGACCCACAAGUGGUCAGGAACCACAUUGUUGGUCACUUUCAGGAGCUACUCAAUGGUAAUCCUACGUCUAUCCAGCCAUCUGUCUGUGAGAUAAGGGAUUUCAUUGGCCGGGUUUUAGAUGAGAAUCAGAGGAACCGCCUAGCACAAUCGGUUUCGGAUGAGGAAAUUCAGUCUACCCUGUUUUCACUUGCUAGAGGCAAAGCCCUAGGGCCGGAUGGGUAUAACGUUGAUUUCUUCAAAACCUCUUGGGAGAUCAUUGGACCCUCCAUUCUCAUGGCGGUAAGAGAUUUUUUUGAGUCUGGUUGUAUGCUUAAAGAGUUAAACAAUACCAUUUUAACUCUAGUGCCGAAAUCCCCUAAUGCCUCGGCCAUGACUGAUUUCCGUCCGAUUGCAUGUUGCAAUACCCUUUACAAAUGCAUUUCUAAAAUCCUGGCUAGGCGUAUUGCUCAUGUCUUACCAACUUUGAUUAGCCCUUCCCAAACGGCUUUCGUUAAAGGACGUAGAAUUAGUGACAACAUCAUGAUUGCUCAAGAGUUGUUCGCGGACUUUCAUCAUGAGGCUUACCUUCCUAAGUGUGCCAUCAAAGUGGAUUUUCAGAAAGCUUUUGACACAGUCGACUGGGAGUUCAUUGAAAAGACACUAAAGGCCUUCAAAUUUCCGGAUUUCUUCGUCAAGCUGGUUAUGGCUUGUGUGUCAACAACCAAAUUCUCGUUUUCAAUCAAUGGGGAAUUACAUGGGUUUUUUGCUAGUUGCCGAGGUCCUGACCUUGGCAUGGGUGGAGCUAAGGUAGCGUGGAAUGCUGUAUGUUUACCCAAAGAAGAAGGUGGCCUUGGGAUACGGCGACUUGUGGAAUACAAUAGAGCAAUGACUCUUAAACACAUAUGGCUUCUCUUUACUGAUAAGGAAUCCAUGUGGUGCAAAAUGGAUACAUUCAACCUUCUUAAAAAUAUCAAACUUUUGGAUUGUAUCCAAACCUACAUUUUGCUCUUGGACAUGGAAGAAAAUUCUGGAUUUGCGAGCUUCCGCCCAAGCACUAUUUCGGUGGAAGAUUGGUAA